UUCUCUCACCGCCCCGCCAUCACGCAAACAACCCCGUAAAUUCAUGCAAGAGGAUUGGGCAAAACGGUUCUCAAAAUCAGAUCCUCCACAUAAAUCAGACAUGAGACUCUGCCCUUCUUCGAUGAAGAGGGCGUGUUCACGUGAGAGAAAGACACGAAGGUUUAACAUUUCUUCUUUUUGCGAAAUCUGAAUUUGCAAAUGGCCAGUAUGGCAGCGACCGGAGUUCUGAGACUACCUUCGUCUUCGUCUUCGUCUUCGUCGUCUUCUUCUUCUUCUUCAUCGUCGUAUAUCUACCGGAGAAUACCUCUGCAAAGCCUCUCAUUCUCCUCGUCUAAUCUCUCCGGUGAUAAGAUAUAUUCUAAGGUUUUUUCUGUUUCCCGUGGAAUUGCUUAUAAUGAGAGAACUCCGAUGAUCGUUUCUCCUAAGGCAGUUUCUGAUACCAGGAAUUCACAAACUUGUCUUGACCCUGACGCUAGUAAAAGUGUCUUGGGAAUUAUUCUUGGAGGUGGUGCUGGGACCCGCCUUUACCCACUUACCAAGAAGAGAGCUAAACCUGCUGUUCCUUUAGGAGGAAAUUACAGGCUGAUUGAUAUUCCUGUGAGCAACUGCUUGAACAGUAAUAUAUCAAAGAUUUAUGUUCUUACACAAUUCAAUUCUGCAUCUCUCAAUCGCCACCUGUCACGGGCUUAUGCAAGCAACAUGGGUGGCUACAAGAAUGAAGGUUUUGUUGAAGUUCUUGCAGCUCAGCAGAGCCCAGAGAACCCAAAUUGGUUCCAGGGCACGGCUGAUGCUGUAAGACAAUACUUGUGGUUAUUUGAGGAGCACAACGUUUUGGAGUUCUUGAUACUUGCUGGGGAUCAUUUAUACCGGAUGGAUUAUGAAAGGUUUAUCCAAGCACACAGAGAAACUGAUGCAGAAAUCACUGUAGCUGCUCUACCAAUGGAUGAAAAUCGUGCAACUGCCUUUGGUCUGAUGAAAAUUGAUGAAGAAGGACGCAUAAUUGAAUUUUCUGAGAAGCCAAAAGGAGAGCAAUUAAAAGCGAUGAAGGUUGAUACUACAAUUUUAGGUCUUGAUGAUGACAGAGCAAAAGAGAUGCCUUACAUUGCUAGUAUGGGGAUAUAUGUUGUCAGUAAAAAUGCAAUGUUAGAUCUUCUGAGAGAUAAGUUUCCUGGAGCCAAUGACUUUGGAAGUGAAGUUAUUCCUGGUGCUACUUCCAUUGGGAUGAGAGUGCAAGCUUACCUAUAUGAUGGCUACUGGGAAGAUAUUGGUACAAUUGAGGCAUUUUACAAUGCCAACCUUGGGAUAACUAAAAAGCCAGUGCCAGAUUUCAGCUUCUAUGAUCGUUCAUCUCCAAUCUAUACUCAACCUCGCUAUUUGCCUCCAUCCAAGAUGGUUGAGGCUGAUGUUACAGAUAGCGUUAUUGGUGAAGGUUGUGUUAUUAAGAACUGUAAAAUUCACCACUCUGUGGUUGGGCUUCGAUCUUGCAUAUCAGAAGGUGCAAUCAUAGAGGACACGUUAUUAAUGGGAGCAGAUUAUUAUGAGACCGAUGCAGACAGGAGGUUUCUGGCUGCAAAGGGUAGUGUUCCAAUUGGUAUUGGCAAGUAUUCUCAUAUCAAGAGAGCCAUUAUUGACAAAAAUGCUAGAAUUGGAGAUAACGUUAAGAUAAUCAACAGUGACGAUGUGCAAGAAGCAGCUAGAGAAACUGAUGGAUAUUUCAUAAAGAGUGGAAUCGUCACUGUAAUCAAGGAUGCCUUGAUUCCAAGCGGAACUGUAAUUUAGACAUUAAUUAUGGCGUUGCAUCUUUUGGGAUGUAAUAGCAAAGUCUACUACUUUUCAUUUUCAAGCCCUGUUCUUCUUUUCUUAAUGUUUGAUGUAUAUGCCCUGGUUGUAUAAUGUUUAAUCAGUAAAGAGAGAACCUGGGAAAUUAAUAUGAAACUUAGCUGGUGCUCUUGAACAU